UACUUUCAGUUGAUUUUAGUUCUCGCUUAACGCGCUCGUGAAACGGUUGAUUGGUGGCUCUAGCAAUAAAUAUUAUAAAUAUUUGCAAUUCCGCUGUGCCAUAUAUAAUAUAUACAUAGUUGUAAUUGCUAUUUAAACGGGCACCGGUUUCGUUUAAAAAAUAAAAAAAAUAAAAAUUGUUGAAAAAAAAAGAAAUAUAAUAAAAGCAAAUUAAUAAUAUAGAGCUACUUACUGUGCAUACUAAACAGAGAACUUUCCCAAACGCAAAGUCACAAACAUGUCAGCCAAAGCCAUCUCUGAAGCCACCGGCAAAGAUAUUUUGAAUCGGUUUUUGAAUGUGAAUGGCGCAUCUGGUGCAGCACAAUGCCGCUUCGCAACUGUCAACACAGAAACGGAUUGGUCACAGCUGACCGUACAAAAUCCCUGGCUUUUGAAUACUCCAUUGGUUGUUAAACCGGAUCAAUUGAUUAAGCGUCGCGGCAAAUUGGGCCUAAUUGGUGUUAAGAAGAAUUUCGAACAGUGCAAACAAUGGAUUGGCGAACGCAUUAAUAAGGACCAAAAGAUUGGCAAUGCUGUGGGUAAAUUGCGUAAUUUCAUUAUUGAGCCAUUCGUGCCGCAUGAGGAGUCCGAAGAGAUGUACGUCUGCAUCUAUUCGCAUCGCAGUGCCGAUACGAUACUCUUCUAUCACCAAGGUGGUGUGGAUAUUGGUGAUGUAGAUGCAAAAGCUUUGAAACUGGACGUGCUGGUGAACAAUCAAACUUCUGUUGAGGAAAUUACAACGAAAUUGUUAGUGCAUGUCGCUGACGCUGCCACAAAGAAACGUAUUGCCAAUUUCAUCUUCGCCUUGUACAAUGCUUAUGUUGACCUGUACUUUACCUAUUUGGAAAUCAAUCCUUUGGUUGUGACCAAGGACAACAUGUACAUUUUGGAUUUGGCUGCUAAGCUCGACGCUACCGCCGAUUUCAUUUGCCGUCCUAAAUGGGGUGAUGUUUGCUAUCCACCACCCUUCGGUCGUGAUGCCUAUCCAGAGGAGGCUUAUAUAGCCGAUUUGGAUGCUAAGAGUGGUGCUUCACUGAAGCUCACCAUAUUGAAUCGUAAUGGUCGCAUUUGGACAAUGGUUGCUGGCGGUGGUGCUAGUGUUAUUUAUUCCGAUACAAUUUGUGAUUUGGGUGGUGCUUCUGAAUUGGCCAAUUAUGGCGAGUAUAGUGGUGCGCCUUCUGAGCAGCAAACUUAUGAAUAUGCCAAAACCAUUUUGACACUGAUGACAUCAUCGCCAAAACAUCCUGAUGGCAAGGUGCUCAUCACAGGCGGUGGCAUUGCCAAUUUCACAAAUGUUGCUGCCACCUUCCGCGGCAUAAUAACGGCUCUGCGUGAAUUCCAACCCAAACUGGUCGAACAUAAUGUGUCGAUUUUCGUGCGUCGUGCCGGCCCCAAUUAUCAAGAAGGUUUGCGCAAGAUGCGCGAAUUCGGCUCUACACUCGGCAUUCCAUUGCAUGUGUUCGGUCCAGAGACACAUAUGACAGCGAUUUGUGGCAUGGCGCUGGGCAAGCGUGCCAUACCACAAACCGCUACCGCUGAAUUCUCCACCGCCAACUUUCUAUUGCCCGGUGGUCAGCAAGCACAAUCGGAAUUAAAGGCAGCCGAAACUGCAGUGAGCAACAAUGGCGGUAUAGGUUCAUCACCACAAUCGAUUAAACUACCACCUAUUUCGGCAGAUGAUUCUUUAACAAACGACGCUGUGUCCAACAAUGUCGCAAAUGCGCAUUCGCGCAAAUUUUUCAGCAACAAAACGAAAGCCAUCGUAUGGGGCAUGCAACAGCGGGCCGUACAGUCUAUGCUCGACUUUGAUUUCAUUUGCAGACGCGAUGAGCCGUCCGUUGUCGCCAUGGUGUAUCCCUUCACUGGUGAUCACAAGCAAAAAUACUACUGGGGUCACAAAGAGAUUCUCAUUCCAGUGUAUAAGAAGAUGUCAGACGCUGUUAGGAACCACAAAGAUGUUGAUGUGAUGGUGAAUUUCGCUUCAUUGCGUUCGGCAUACGACUCCACAUUGGAGGUAUUGGAGUUCCCACAAAUACGCACCGUAGCUAUUAUCGCCGAGGGCAUACCGGAGAAUAUGACCCGCAAAUUGAUUGUCGCCGCCGACAAAAAGGGUGUCUCAAUUAUUGGUCCCGCCACUGUGGGUGGUGUUAAGCCCGGUUGUUUCAAAAUCGGCAACACCGGCGGCAUGUUGGACAACAUUUUGCACUCGAAACUGUACCGUCCCGGCAGUGUGGCCUAUGUUUCGCGUUCCGGCGGUAUGUCCAACGAAUUGAACAACAUUGUCUCAAAAGCCACCGAUGGAGUGGUGGAGGGUAUUGCAAUUGGUGGUGAUCGCUAUCCAGGCUCAACAUUUAUGGAUCACAUUUUGCGCUACCAAGCCGAUCCAGAAGCCAAAUUGAUUGUGUUGUUGGGCGAGGUUGGUGGCACCGAGGAGUACGAAGUUUGCGCUGCACUUAAGGAUGGCCGGAUUACAAAACCAUUAGUAGCGUGGUGUAUCGGUACAUGCGCAAGUAUGUUCACUUCUGAGGUACAAUUCGGUCAUGCAGGUUCAUGUGCCAACUCAGAUCGCGAGACAGCAUCCGCUAAAAACAAGGCUUUGCGGGAAGCAGGUGCUUACGUGCCAGACUCCUUCGACUCGUUGGGUGACCUCAUUCAGCAAGUGUACGCUGAAUUGGUGAAAUCGGGACGUAUUGUACCCAAGGAAGAAGUACCACCACCCACCGUACCAAUGGAUUACUCUUGGGCCCGCGAAUUGGGUCUAAUUCGUAAACCCGCUUCAUUUAUGACAUCCAUUUGUGAUGAACGUGGACAGGAGUUGCUGUACGCCGGCAUGCCUAUUAGUGAAGUGCUCAGCAAGGAUGUGGGUAUUGGAGGUGUGGUCUCGCUGUUGUGGUUCCAGCGCAGUCUGCCGCCAUUUGUUUGCAAAUUCUUCGAAAUGUGUCUAAUGGUGACCGCUGACCACGGACCGGCUGUUUCGGGUGCGCAUAACACCAUUGUGUGCGCGCGUGCUGGCAAAGACUUGGUUUCGUCCGUCGUCAGUGGCUUGCUUACCAUAGGUGAUCGUUUCGGUGGUGCUUUGGAUGGUUCUGCCAGACAAUUCUCCGAGGCCUACGAUUCUAACUUGCAUCCUAUGGACUUUGUCAACCAAAUGCGCAAAGAAGGCAGACUUAUUAUGGGUAUUGGUCACCGUGUAAAAUCAAUCAAUAAUCCAGAUGUGCGCGUGAAAAUCAUCAAAGAAUUCGUUUUGGAGAACUUCCCAUCUGCGCCACUAUUGAGAUAUGCUUUAGAAGUGGAGAAGAUCACCACAAGCAAAAAGCCAAACUUGAUUUUAAAUGUUGAUGGUGUGAUCGCAACCAGUUUCGUAGAUAUGUUGCGCAAUUGUGGAUCAUUCACAAGCGAGGAGGCUCAGGAAUACAUCAAUAUCGGAGCGAUCAACUCUCUAUUCGUGCUGGGACGCAGCAUAGGCUUCAUCGGUCACUACAUGGACCAGAAGCGAUUGAAGCAGGGUCUAUAUCGUCAUCCAUGGGAUGAUAUCUCAUACGUUAUGCCCGAACAAUUCAACUAAAUACCUUAGAGGAUUAUUAUUAUUAGUUGAAUGAUAUAUAUACUUAUGUCAUAUAUUAAAAAAAGAAUAAUACAUUUGUAAUUGUGAAAUCCCUCAUUAUCAAGAAGGAAAUGUACAUACCUAUACUUGGAUAACUAACUACAUUUACAUAUGUACACACACACAUAUAUAUAUAUAUAUAAUAUAAAGAAAUAUGUGGUAGGAAUUUCCAGCACAAUUACAAACCCAUUUAUAAAUACACACUCCAGUAAGUUUAACUUAAAGUUGUUAACGUUUAAUGAAUAUUAGUGAAACAAAAAAGUUAAUUUUCCAUUAUAAUCCGUAUUAAAACUGUUUUAGGUUUCGCAUUUUUCGAACGCAUUUUUUUCUACAUUUUCUUCAUUAAUAUAUGCAUUUUGCUUAAUAUCCCUGCUUUGUUAUUAUAAUUCUUUUUUAUACAUAAUAUUUAAUUAGGAGCGAAUAUGAAAAUUAGUGGCUGAGCACAAUAGUUGUAAAAUUUAUUUUGGAAUUUUCGGUAUCAUAUUUUCAGAUUGUACUAUAAUUUUAAAAAUUAUAUUAUAUAUAAAAAUUGUGGGAACACAAUAAAAUUAUCUACAAAUGAUAAAUGAAUAAAUAAACUGCUUAGACUAAAUAAAACUAAUAUCAAUGGCUUACUGUAAAUUAAAUUUAAAAAAAGACAAAAAGAAACGGUAUUCAUAACAGCAUAUGUAAAUUGUUACAUAUCGUUAUUUGUUUAACGAGAUUGUUAGUAUGUAGUGAAUGCACCAUGCACUUGUUUAAAAUAUGUAUGUAUGUAUUUAAUUCAAUACUUACUGUCAAGUGUGAGUAGAUUUACAUUGAAGAAAGCUAGACCAAUGGGUAGAAAUUAAUUAGGAAAAGCGAAAAAGCGAUUGGUACUUGUUAAGAAGUUCAACUGAGAGGAACCUGCAUAACUGUAAGAGCUAGUAAUGUAGCUUCAAGUAAAUUAAAUUGCAAAAUAUGAAAAUAUUAUGAAAUAAAGUUUAAUGGUUCUUUUGCACGGAUUUUAUGCACACAAAUAAAGAAUGGAAUUGUUAAAAUAAA